AUGAGUGCCAGCAUUGACCUUCAGAGCAUUGCCUCUAUGACAGCACGUCUCGAAGAUGCAAGUCGACUUGAGACAUCGCGCGAGAACCACGAGCAAGAUGGGCAGAGUAAUAACCUGAAGCGCAAGGCCGGUGAUGACGGAGGUCAGCAGCGGGCACGUCGAAAUCGCUACGUCUCGAUCGCAUGCAACGAAUGCAAGCGUCGUAAGAUCAAGUGCAAUGGCCAGACACCCUGCCAGAGAUGCGGCAACCUCAAUCUCGAGUGCAUAUACGCGCCCAAUUGCUGCAAUGGCUUCAAAGACACCCAAGAGUACAAGGACAUGGCAAACCACAUAGCAGUCUUGCAAGAUCAGGUCAAUGCUCUGUAUGAAGGCCUGACCACACUGCGGGCGCAAGUUGCCCAUGGCACGGGCAUGAGCGUGCAACCACACACCCCAAUUGACCCAUCGCUGCAGUCUGGGGCAUAUCCUGCCCACAGGGGCUCAUUGACAGGCGCUCAACCCUCGCCAGCAGCACCAACCGCGACCAUGUCUCCGAGCAUACCACGACCAAGGAGCGAGUCGCACAGUAAGCAGUCGCGGUUCCACGGCCCUACUAGCGCCGCUUUCAACUUCGGAGUGGCUAAAAACAGUCUGGAAGCCAUGGGUAUUACUGGUCAUGGCGAGGAGAACGUGAAUGGUAGUGGUGUGGCAGGCACAAACGCUGCAGAAGGAUCACCAGACAGAUCGCCAUUCAGAGACAUCAUAGCAAAUUCGGGACAGCUGGUUCAAAGCAUUCACGGUGACAAGGAUCCGAUCUGGAGCAUCUCCCAAGAAGAAGCUCUGCGACUCUGUCGGGUGUAUGAAGAUGAAAUGGGUUUGAUGUAUCCCGUGGUCGAUGUCAACACAGUUGUGGACUAUGCUACGAGGCUCUACCGGUUUAUGGAGGCUGCUCAUCGCACCGGGCUGAUGCAGCAAGGCAUGCCAGGCGCCGACUCAAUUGACGAUGAGGACACGAACAUCCUCAAGAUGGUUCUAGCGACUGCCUUGACGGUCGAAGCUUCUGGGCGUAGCGAGCUUGGGCAGCGUCUGUGUGAGUAUGUGCAGCCAGCGAUCGAACAAAUGUUGCUAGGCAAUGUCGGAAUCAAAGCCAUCCGUCUACUGACUAUGACGGCAAUGUACGAGUUCCACCGCGACAACGAAGGAACAUCGUGGCGCAUCAUUGGACUCACCGCUCGAUUAUGCAUUGAGCUCGGUCUGCAUCGUAAAGAGACCUACGACGCCAUCGCAGAUGAGUCGGGGAGAUCUGACACUGUCCUCUUGUUCUGGGCAAUAUACGUGUUGGACCGCAGAUGGAGCUUUGGCACUGGCAUGCCCUUCGCACUGCAGGAUUCUGACAUCGACCCACAACUUCCGAAACCUGAGGAUCGUUCACCGUACCUCAGCGCUAUGAUCCAGUACUCGGCCAUCAGCAGCAAAGUUUGGCGUUCAGUAGCUGCACCGCAAUCGCCAAAUCGCGGAGGUGCACCGAUCGAUAUCGAUGAGAUGGGCUACCUCGACUAUCAAGUUAUUCAGUGGCUGCAAAACAUCCCAGCCCAUCUGCGAUUCGAGCAUCCAUCGAAUACUGGACGUCUUGGCGCACCCAUUGGUCCUACGCCGUCUCGCGCUGGACACCGCUUACGUAUAUUGCUCUACCUCCGCGCCAAUCAGAUGCGCAUCCUCAUCCAUAGACCUGUGCUUCACUCGGCCACGUCAAUCAUGCAGCACCGCGAUCAAGCACAGAAGGCCACUGACGUCGCCAAAGAUACCGUCCGGGUGCUGACACAUAUCAACCAGACUUCGGACUUAUACCACACUCAGCAGGUACUGUUCAAUGCAUUCCUGACGUCCGCUCUGGCAGUUCUGUUCCUCGCUGUCAGCCAUACCCCGGCACUGUUCGCCGAAAAUGUGCGAGAAGAGUUUUACAUGGCGCUGGAGCUGGUGCGAGGCUUUAGCAAGGGCAGCUGGGUCAGCAAGCGACUCUGGAGGACGAUUCGCGUACUCAAGGAGGUAGGUCCGAAGCUCGGUCUGGUUAUGAAAGACGGCCAGCCACGCAACAAGGACGAUCUUGACCGAAGUGCGGCUGUGGCGAUGGCAGGCCUUGCAGGUCACAACGUCGAUGAGAUGACGCUGUAUAAUGGCCAAGCGCACCAGUGGUCUGUCCAGACUGGCGCAAGCAGUAGCCCAGAAAGGAUGGUACACGAUCUAACGAGUCUGUUUGAGGCGGCUGGAGGCUAUCAGAACAUGGCCAUCAACGGCGCGCCAGAUGGGAGCUACGCCAACGCAGACAGCAUCGAUGGCUUUGCGAGCGAUGAGGGACUGACCAAUAUCCUGAAAGAGCUCUUCUAG